AUGUCCCUCCUCCUCCCUCGAGCAUCGUCUUCCCUCCGAUGCUCCAUCCGAUCCCUAUCAACCACAUCCCUUCGUCUCAAUGACCAAAAAAUCAAAGUCCCCAUCACCUUGAUCGCCUCCUUGCGAAAGGAAUUUCCCGUCCCCCUCGCCCAAGCUAGAGAAGCCUUGGAAAAAUCCAACCUAGAUCUCAAAAGCGCUUUGGACUAUCUGAGAAAUUCCAGUGCAUCUUCCGAUAAUGCCGAGAAGAAAGCAGCGAAAGUAUCAGGUCGAUCAACGGACGAAGGUGUCAUCUCAAUCUCGCUUUUGGGCGGUAAAAGAGUAGGAAUGAUUCAUCUAGGAUGUGAGACUGAUUUUGUAGCUAGAAAUCAAGUUUUCCUCAAGACUGCUAAAGACAUAUCUGAAACUACGGCAUUCUUAGAUGUCCCAUCAGAAGAUGAUCAUCCCCAUCCAGUUGAAAUCGAUUUAAACAAAAAAUCAGAUCCGAUCUUAAAUUUCCCUACCGAGUCAUUACUUUCCGCUCCUUUGAUAUCCCUACCCUCAGAUCCCACCUCAAACGACAACGGUAGUUCCAAUAGCAAUACUUCCUCGCAUCCUAUAUCCAGUUCAUCCGAAGCUCAAACGAUCAAACAGAGUUUACUCUCCUCGCUAACUCAGACAGGUGAGAACCUGAAACUUCUCCGAGCCACAAGUUUCGCUGCUCCCUUCCCUUCCAAACCUGAAAUCCGAUUCGUACCUUCCGGUUACGCCCAUGGCGGAUCCAACGAUAAACAGGGUAAAGUCGGUGGAAUAGUCGUAUUAGCUGUUGAAUCGAUAGAUCAGGAAAAACCAAUAGCAACGUUGAUACAUGGACCCAAUGGUGAUAAGUUAGAAACAGAUUUGAACGAAUUGGCAAGAACCGUCUCGAGACAAGUUGUAGGAUUCCCAACGAAAAUUAUAGAAAAGCAAGAUAGACCAUUUGAGAAUGAUGAAAUCCUAUACGAGCAACCGUUCAUGAUGAAGGGCGAUUCGAGAUCGGUCAAGGAGGUUUUACAAGAAUGGGGAAAUGAAAGGGGUGUUAGAGUCAGAGUAGUGGGAAUGAGGAGAUGGUCAGUAGGUGAUGAGCUGGAUCAGCCGGCGGUCGAUGGUGCGGAUAGUACGGCUUAG